CAUUUUUAUUAGCUCAAUUUUAUUCUUGUUUAAAAAUAAUAAUAUUUAUAUGCUGUUAUUCAGCAUCAGAAUUAUUUAUUACACAUUGUGCAGUCAUUGAUAAUUGAAAAAACGUAAUUUACACCGCUACAUAAGAAGGUUACACAUUAUUAAACUAGAACUACACCGAAACCUUCGAAUAAUAACACCGCGGCACCUUAACUAUAAUAUAUAAUAACAACUCGUUGUAUUCCGAAACUUCGUGAACGUCUCCAUUCCUUUAACUGCUGAGAAAAGUCAAAAAAGUAAGGUUAUUGUUAUGUCACUGACUGUCAAAGUGCAAUAAUUCCUAACCGGUGUUUAUUUACAAAUAAUUUCCAAUAUAAAAAAUUAAAAAAAGACAAUGUGGAAACUUAACAAGUAUAUUUUUGAUAAAUCCAUGACCGCAGCAUCUAAGAUACCUCAAAUGAACUGUACACUUUCUUUGCGGAGGAAUCAAACCAAAGUAAAAGAUACUCCUAUUGGGCAGUCGUAUAAUAAAAACUCAACUAUUGAUGCCGACGAUGUAAAAUUCUUUUCACAAAAAAUUAAAGAUUGGUGGAAUCCGAAAGGAGAACUGCGCUUGUUACACAGCAUGAAUCUAUUAAGGGUGCCUUUUGUCAGAGAUGGUCUAGUAACUUCUACAAAAAAAGACUUGCAUCCUUUGAGGGAUAAAAAGAUUCUCGAUGUUGGCUGCGGGGGAGGCAUUCUAUCUGAGGGGCUGGCGAGACUUGGAGCGUCUGUCACUGGUAUAGAUGCUAGCAAAGACCUGAUUGAAAUAGCCGAACAACACAAACAUGUUGACCCAAAAAUAGCUGAGAACAAACCGCAAUACAUUAAUACUACUAUAGAGGACCAUGCUAAAGCCGCAUCCAAUCUUUAUGACGGAGUAGUAGCUUCGGAGGUUAUAGAACAUGUUCACAACCAGGAAUUGUUUGUCAAGUCUUGUAUACAUGCAUUGAAGCCGGGGGGCAGAAUAUUCUUUACAACCCCCAAUAGAACUAGAUGGUCACAACUCGUGAUUAUUUACAUUGCCGAGAAUGUUCUUAAAACCAUACCUCAAGGGGCCCAUCAGUAUGAGAAGUUUAUUACACCUAAUGAACUCACUUUUCUUUUAGAAAGAAUGCUCGAAGACACUCUCCGCUACAUAGCAGUAAGGCCUUCGGCCUCGAUUAUGGUGUUACGUCAAAAAGUAUGGCAUUUACUGGAUCUGCCCGAUUUUUGUGAAGAGAUCAUCUUACUCAAGUCGAACAAUGAUGUGAUACCGCUGACCGACUUAAGAAAGGGCAAUAACCCCCACAACCCGUUUGUCCUUGAAGUUUGGUUACCAAACAAUGCUAACCAUCUUUCAUCCUCAACGACUAUCAACAACAAUAUGCUGACAAUCGGCAACGGUGAAGAAGAAUCACAAUUUGCAAAUCGGAAACAGAAUGACUCAAUUAUUUAUGAGAACACCCUCAAGGAGCACGAUGAUAAAUUCUGUGCUGGUACCUGCUUCUCUCAAUCUACUUUGUCCAACGAUACAAUAGAGUUUAACAAACUCCGCAUAUCCAGCAACAAACAGACGAAGAACACCUUAUUAUCGGACUUCAAAAAGUCGGACUUAUCCUGUCGAAUUUCUAGCACUUCACUCUUCAGAAUGAACAGAAGGAAGAGUAGUGAGAAUUUUACAAAUAUUCUCCUAAAAAUACAAAGCGAUUUGUCUACACUGAGUAAUAAACUAUCCGUGUUGGAAACUAAGCUGCCUGCGUGAAUUUCUGGUUUGAUUGUGAAUGUUUAUAGUAAAAUAUAAGAAUAAUUGUCUUCAGUUCUUGUUUUUU